CGUUACUAGAUUAAAUUAUUUUAAUCUAGAUAUUUUUACUCUUCAAUGUGUACCUUUUUAAUUGAAUGAGAAUAUAUUGGUGAUACUGAUGCGAAUUGCACGACAUCUAUAUUAAAAAAUAAUGUCUAGACUUGCGAUUUGUGCUUCAAUGAUGUGGCGGUAACAGUAUGUGCGCAUAGUAUCUGAUAAUAGAUUAUAGCAUUAUCAUGACUGUCGUAAAUUAUAAUACAAUGAAAUACUUGUUAUAUUCUUUUGUAAUCAUUUAUCUAAAUUUUGAUUACGCACAAGCCCAAAAUGAUUACCGUUAUGAUGACAAAUUACAAAUUACAGCAACUACAAUGAAAGUUGAAGACUUAACAUCAACUCAACCUCAGGGCUCUCUUGGGCUCCUACAUGCUUUUGUAGCUUCCCUGUCUGUCAUUGUUGUUUCCGAAUUAGGAGAUAAAACUUUCUUCAUUGCCGCUAUUAUGGCAAUGAAGCAUCCUAGGUUGACUGUUUUUAUAGGAGCUAUAAGUGCUCUUGCUCUUAUGACUAUAUUAUCAGUAAUAUUUGGAUAUGCGGCAACUAUAAUUCCACGUACCUAUACGUAUUAUAUUUCAACAGUACUUUUUGCUUUAUUUGGUAUAAAAAUGUUGAGAGACGGAUAUUAUAUGUCACCAACAGGAGCACAAGAAGAACUUGAAGAAGUUCAAUCAGAUUUACGUAAACGAGAAGAUGAGUAUGAAAAAGAAACAUCAACCACAUUAGUCCAGGAUCCAGAAAGUGGUAUUAUAAGGAAAACUACUAAGCGUUCUGCAUUAAUGGUACUUUCUCGAAUAUUUUUACAAGCAUUUACUCUCACCUUUUUGGCAGAAUGGGGUGAUCGUUCACAGUUAACAACAAUCAUACUUGCAGCAAGAGAGGAUGUUUAUGGAGUUGUAUUUGGUGGUAUUCUUGGUCAUUCAUUUUGUACAGGCUUAGCUGUAUUAGGUGGACGUAUGAUUGCACAAAAAAUUUCUGUGCGAACAGUGACUAUUAUUGGAGGAUUGGUAUUUCUACUUUUUGCCCUGACAGCUCUGUUUAUAAAUCCAACAGAAAAUACGUGAACGUUGAAUUGAAUGGUAUUCAAUUCAAUUGGAUUCAUUAAACUCUUUGUGGUAAAAUAUGUGAAUAUGUAUUAUAUACUUAUUAAUGUUUACAAAUCAUAGUAUUAUAAAUACGUGAAAUUUGGUGCGCUGUACCAUAUAUGUAUUAUAGACAUUUAGUAUUUUUUAAUAGAUCACAGCAGGAAUAUUUAUAACAAAAUUGUUUUAAGCAUUAUGCACAUAAUGUAGAUAUGCAUUAUACAUUGUAGUGAUAAAUAACACUACUUUAAUUGUAUAUCUGCAUAAAGAAACGUUUUUAAUAUGAA